AUGGCAUCAGAUAACGGUACAAAUUUCGUUGGAGCCGAGAAGGAGUUGCGCAUUGCAUUUCAACAGUGCAUGGCUGAUAUUAAACUUCGCUCUUUCUUUGCGGACUCGAAUAUCGAAUGGCGAUUUAAUCCACCGGCUGCACCCCAUAUGAGAGGUUACUGGGAGACCGGAGUCAAACGUGUUAAGUAUCAUUUAAAACGCGUAUUAGGAGAAGUUCCACUAUCAUACGAAGAGUUCAACACACUUUUGACUGAAAUAGAAGCUUGCGUAAACUCUCGCCCACUCUGUGACAACUCUGAAGCUGCUGGUGACUUAGAAGUUUUAACUCCCGGACGUUUCAUAGUCGGUGAACCGCUUAAAUCAAUACCGGAACCUGAGGGUCAAGGGUUUCGUGGAAAUCUUCGACAGCGAUGGCAAGCAAUUUCUGCCAUGAGACAACAUUUCUGGCGUCGUUGGAGAGAAGAGUACCUCGUGAGCUUACAACGUCGCACUAAAUGGUUUCGUUCUUCACGCAACAUUGAAGAAGGGGAUGUGGUUGCUGUAUUCAAUGAGCCUAAUCCUCCGACGAAGUGUACGAUUGCACGAGUGAUCAAAUGCCAUCAUGGUACCGAUGGACGCGUAAGAGUAGUUACGUUGAAAACACCGCAUGGCGAAUUGGUUCGCCCUAUAGUCAAACUUUGCCUUUUGCCAACGAAAGGAGAUUUAUUUCAUGAAGAAACUAAUAACUUAUCGUAA